UGGUAUUUGAAAAAAAUGUUUGUUUGAAAUGUUUAAAAAAACUUUUAUCAUGAAAUAAUGCCAAAAAUUGAGCAUUCAUUUCUAAAUAUAUUCAAUUUAAUUACCUUGCUACUAAUAUUAUCAUCUUGCUUACAAAUUACUUAUAGUUGGAACUAUGAAUAUCCAGCACUCGUGGAUUCAUAUGAUUACAAGGAUACACUCCCUAAACCUACAUUGUUUAAUAAAGUAAAUCGUGAUGAAUUAGAAAACGGUGAAUCUCAUUUGAUAAAAGAAUGGGUGAUAGGUGGAAAAGUGGGGAAAAAUGUAUUUGGUGAAUGCAGUGGAAUAUCUUUUGACAACAAAGGUGAUCUUUACGUGUUGCACAGAGGAAAGCGCAUUUGGGAUAUCAAUUCUUUCAAUCACUCUCACUUCAAUCAUAUAAAUGAUGGCCCUAUCAAGGAAAAGACUUUGUUGAAAUUAAAUCCCAAAGAUGGAAAGAUUGUCGAUUCCUAUUUUUCUAAAAAAUUUUACAUGCCACAUGGUUUGACAAUAGACCAGGAAGAUAAUGUUUGGAUUACUGAUGUGGCCAUGCAUCAGGUAUUUAAAUACGAAAUGGGAAACUUUGCAAAGCCAUCGCUUGUGCUUGGAACAAAAUUCAAGGCCGGUCAUGAUAAUUAUCAUUUUUGCCAGCCAACUGACGUUGCAGUAUCUUCUACCAAUGGUCAAUUUUUUGUAUCCGAUGGGUAUUGCAAUCAUAGAAUCAUUAAAUACGAUGCAAAUGGCAACAUAAUUAGCAUAUUUGGCAAAAGUGAUUCGUAUUGGUUAGGAUCUCAAAGGCAAAAUUUUUUAAUGACUCCCCACAGUUUGGCAUUGAUCCAAAAUUUGGAUUUAAUAUGUGUUGCUGAUAGAGAAAAUAGUAGAAUCCUGUGCUUGAAGGCUGGCGUUUUAAAUAUGGAUAAUUUGGACAUAUAUUCUGCUUAUAACAAUCCACGACUGACCAACUUUCUACCCCGCUUUAGUUAUAAAAUUGUUGACAAUAAAGGUCACAAUUACCGUCCAUACGCUAUUAGUUACUGUACAAAAGAUGGUAAAAUGUAUGUUCUAUGCCAAUCUGACAACGAAAAUACUCCAUUUAUCGCGUUAAGUGGCGAGCUCUCAUUACAAGACGAUACUUUGAAUUCAGUGUCUUGGUACCAAUUUCCAAUAUCUUCAAGACCCCAUGAUUUAACGGUAGAAGAUAUCGCUAAUUCUAAUGAUAAAAAUAUUUAUGUGGCUGAUUUGAGUCAAAUGGUUUGGAAACUAAAAGAAACCGGAAACGAAUAAACUUUCCUUUGAUGAUUUUUUUAAAUAAGCGUCAAUACUGAUCACAAUAUUUUCUCACUUAUAUCCUUUCAUACAAUCUUUAAUGUUGUUUUUUAAGCUAUUUUUUUG